AUGUACGACGAGGCUACAUACCACGCCGAGCAUUUUCAUGUGCCUGAGGGCAUCGCGCAGCCUGAGAGCAUGGAGGCCUGGAUCCAGCAGCGCCGAGAGAUUCUCCGAGAUUGGGGCCGGAAGCGCGAGCGGAAGAUGCAUCGGAGACCGUGGUUCAUAAUGGAUCAGAUGAUUAGCGGCUCGGGCCUUUACCCCCUCCGUUUGCUGGAUACGUCAUGGUUCACUCCUAAGGAGUUGACCAUGAUUUCCCGGUUGGAGCACCUGCUGCAGGACACGGGCCACGCCCAUACCCUGGCAUACGACAUGCUGACGCCGCUGAUUUACGACAUCGAGGUGGCGAUCGUGUUAGACAACAGUGGUUCCAUGAACAUGGACAUGUUCGGGCAGAUGCCGCCCGCAGCAUGCUGGCUACAAUUCAGGCAUACAUACCCCACACCCUCCCUGAGUAUUUCGGCUGGCGCUUGGAGAUUGGCAGUUCGCGCUUUACAGUUUGCCUUGCGCUUGAGGGCCGGAACUUUGGCUGCACAGGCUUGGCACCGCACCGCACCUUUUGUGGAAGCUGUCGGACCAAGUCAGAUGAGUUCGAUAGCUCUGUGA